AUGUACACGGACCAAUCGACUCCUCCCUUCAAUUCGCCCUAUCAACAACAUGCAUCGAGACCAAUCACUCUUCUCGAGUCAUCAUAUCCUUCACCGGGACGGAGUGAUGGCCAGUCAAAAGGUCAGCAUGGCCUUGGACUUUAUGAAUAUCAGCAACCGCUGUCGACUGGGUUGCCAUCACCACAGUCAUCUGAAGUGUGGAACAGUCACUAUUCGACUGUAACCUCUCCUCUGGUGACCGAAGCACUCGCAGACCCCUGGGCGUCAGGAGCAUUCGAUCACCCUGUCGUUCGAUCACCAUUGCCCUGGGCCUCCGUUCAGACAUCUCCCCGAUCAUCGUUGUCAUAUACUCGCGAGAUGUCAGCUUUUUCACACGAAGAGUCAGAGUCAGCAUAUCCCGUCAAAGUGGAGGGUUCUGUAUGGGACUCCAACGUGCAUUUUGCCACACAGGCUUCUUCGGGAAUGAAUAUGCUCCCAUCUUCGAGAUCGUCGCCACAGACUGUUGUCCCAAACAUGUACCCGUAUGAAAAUGCAUAUCCUUCGCCAGGCAUGUCCAGAUACGAACCGACACCAUCUUACGACUUCAACCAUCGUGGUUUCAAGCAGACAUCUCCUGAAGGCAGUCUUGGUAGUCGUCACUCGACAUCAUCUCCCGGAUAUGUUUCAAGAACUGAAAACCGCCAAAGGACACGCAACCGGAGACAUACAGAUCCCGCGCAUGCCCUUUAUCACUGCCGACUCUGUCCCGGGAAAGGGUUUGCACGCAGAUACAACUACAACCAGCACAUAUUGACGCAUGACACCGAUCGCAAGAAGGAGCACGUUUGCACCCAUCCUGGUUGUGAUAGGAAAUUUGUUCGCAAGACGGAUUUGACGCGCCAUGACCAGAGCCGUCAUCAACAAGCAAGGCAAUUCAGAUGCAGUCUGUGCCCUUCAGCCUUUGCACGCAAAGACACACUACGAAGACAUGAGACGGAUGGCUGUCCUCGGCGCCACCAGAUAUCUGUGGCCGAUCCGCAGCUGCUAUCCCAAUUGCAUUUAUGA